AGCAGCUCGUUAUUAGCUCUACAAGAAUCUCUCUCUCUCACCUGCAUAGUUUUCUUCACUCAACUUCGUCAUUGCUUCUCUCUCCUCUGCUUCUCCACCUGCUGAGCGAUGGGUUUGAGCCCUCGUUUCUCUUUCAUCUCCCACAUCUGCAUUAUGCUUCACUCCACUUUCUUUCGUCACAGGCCUUAGAAUUUUUCACUGAUGACUCAUAAUUUUAAGCUGUCUGCCAAAAACUGAUGAUGUCCCUUUGAAUUUUCACAUCAAAAUUCGACUUUUACCUGUGAAAGCUAUGGAGGGUUGCAAAUCUUAUGAUGAUUCUCACAUGGAAAAUGUACUGUUAAAGAAUGAAAGGAUUCCUUGCACUUCUGAGGUUCUUGAUUGUCUCUGGGUUCCAAAUUCUUCCCCUCCUUUUCAUGUUUCAGGCUCUGCAGCCGUGGUUAACUUUGAAGAAAUCCGAGGAGAAAACAGUACCGAGAGGCCAUUCUUCACACAGGUUGAUAGUAAAGUAGAAAAUUUGAGUGAGGAGUUUGAUGGAUGCUUUCAUCAGCCAGAGAAAAAGAGGAGACUAACUGUGGAACAAGUUCAGUUCCUUGAGAAGAGUUUUGAGGUGGAGAACAAGCUUGAACCAGAUAGGAAAGUCCAGUUAGCUAAAGAACUUGGAUUGCAGCCUAGACAAGUUGCAAUUUGGUUUCAAAAUCGACGAGCCCGGUACAAAACUAAGCUGCUUGAGAAAGAAUACGGCUCUUUGAAAGCAAGUUUUGACAAACUGAAGGCAGACUUCGACACCCUUUCUGCAGAGAAUGAGAAGUUGAAAAAUGAGGUUCAGUUGCUGACUCAGAAAAUGCUUCUGAGAGACAAUGGAAAGCCCAAGCUGGAGUCGUUUGAUCCCAUUAGUCCACUUGAUCUUCAACCGGAGAAUCCAGCUUUCUCUCCACAGGCUGCAGCCUGUAAGCAGGAAGAUGGAGCAAGCUCCGCAAAGAGCGACAUUCUCGAUUCCGACAGUCCACGUCACACUGAUGGGAAUUUUCCAGCAAUUUUAGAUCCUGUAGGUUCUUCCCACGAUUUCGAGCCCGACCCAUCUGAUUUUUCUCAAGAAGAAAAUGAAAGCCUAAGCAGGAGCCUCCUGCAGCCAACAUGCUUCCCAAAACUUGAAGUUGAAUGCUAUGAUGAUUUACAGCCAAACUCAUGCAAUUUGGGAUUCCCUGUUCAAGAUCAAGGCACAUGGUUCUGGCAAUAUUGAGUUGAAAGGAUUCUUGGCUCACAUGUUACUGUUGUGUUAUGCCAUAGUCUUCUUGUAAAUAAGUUUAGGAUGAAAUAAUGAAAAUUGAGCUUAUUUUAUCUAUUCGAGAUUCGCCU